AUGGCGGGCUCCGAGAAGGUGAUGGCCCGGCCGUUCGACAUCCUGGGCAUAGCGCGGGAGGGCAGCGACGGCCACGACGUGCGGAAGGCCUACCGGCGGCUGGCGCUGCUGAUCCAUCCCGACAAGAACCCGGGCCUGGAGGAGCUCUCGAGGGCGCGCGGCCUGAAGAGCCACGCUCUGGGCUCCCAGAGCCUCGGGGCUCUCGUCGCCGUGGCCGGGCGCGGCGUGAAAAGCCACGCUCUGGGCUCCCAGAGCCUCGGGGGAUUGCUGCUGCUGCGGCUUCUCCUGCGCCUCGCCCUCCUCGUGUUUGACUUCUACCAGACCAUCUUCGUCACUCCCGCGCAGUGCCAGGAGGCGCUGAUCCGGCUGCAGCAGGGCAGGGAGGCGGCAGAGGCGGAGAUGCAGCAGAGCGACGCCGCCGGCGAGAAGUCGGGGCGCGGUGGCGAGACGCGCUGCGAUGCUACAACGGCCGCGGCUAAUGCAGGUGUGGACUCGGCGUUCAAGUGCAAGUACCCAGGCUGCGACCUGGCACCUUGCAAGCAGUGUGCGAACGGGUGCUGCACACGGAACAUCACGCACUGCCAUAUGAUCGCGAGGGGCAAGGACGGGCAGCAGUGCUUCUUCCACCCGCCGCCGCGGGUGCGGUUAUACCAUUUCGAGGCACCGCUCGGCGCCGCAGAGGUUAUGAAAGGCCUCGAGCCCGCUGUGGGCCCCGACGAGCCCGCCGCAGGCCCCGAGCUCAUGGCGUCGGGGCCAGCCCCGGACUCCUGCGGCGCGCCGGGCGCGGCCGCGGGAGGGGAGGCAGCGGUCGUCAGCUUCGCCGCGAGGCUGAAGGAGCCCCGCGGCGGCGGAGCUGGGCCACUGCAGGGCCAGCCGCAGGCGUUCGAGGCGAUGGCCGCGCUCUGCGCAGCGCGGGCUGGGCUGAAGUCGGCGAUUGAGCCUCAAUCGCGCGGCAAGCGCCGCAACAACCGGCACUUCAUGUUCAAGUCCUGCCUCGCCCCGGACACGUCCGCACGUGGUCCGCCCCAGGACAUCCUCAGGCAAGUCCUGGCGCGUCCUGCUCUCAAGCAACAGCUUGCUCUCGUGCUCGGACAGCUGCUGUCGUGCGUGCUGGUGCCCAGCCUCAUCGUGCCGCAGCCCGCAUUCGUGAGCAGCUCGCACCUCCUGGACGUUUCGCUGCCCAACAGCUACGUCUUCGACAACAGGGCCCUCGCGCCGCUGUAUUUCUUUGCUGGCAAGUCGCCGAAGACGCAGCGACGUGAGCUACAGGUUGGCGCACAUGCCAACGCGCCCAGUCAGCCUCGGUGGGGCCACGUGGCGGCGCAGCGCAUGGGCAUCGACAAAGCUGUCAUCAACGACGAGUUCCAGCGGCUAUCUUUUGCCACAGUCUGCCUGGCGCCCGCCGAGACCCCCAAGACCAACGAGGACGUCUGGCUCGGCGACAAGUGCCCCGAGAGGAACGGCCUCCUGGCCGUCAAGGAAUUGUACAAGAAGCCCAUCCAGCCUCGAGGCUCGACCGUGCUGUCGAAGCAGGACCGACUCAUCUACAUUCCGCUCAAGCUGCUGGGCACCUCCACGAUCUUCGACCCAGACACCGAGGACGACCUGAGAGACCUCGCCUUCGACUUGGAGCAGACGUCGGAGAAGAUACCGAAGGCGGCUGCCAAGCUGGACUUCGGCGAGACCAGGACGCUGCGGCGGCGCCGCGGCCCGGCGGCCCCGCGCGUGGCAGAGCCGGCGGUGAACGCGGAGAUCGGGGCGCCCAAGGGCAGCGAUUUCUACCUCGAGCUGCUCCCCGCCGACAGCCGCACCCUGGAGGAAGACAACUACUGGAUCAGGCGCAGGCAGAAGUGGAUUGUCAAGAAGAAGGUCGACGCCGUGGCCAAGGGCAACAAGACCGCGCGCUUCUACGCAAAGUCGAUGUUCGGCGAGGAGACGCUGUCAGUUGGGACGUGCGUGGUGAUCGCGCCGGCGACUUCUACAGGGAGAAUCAGGGCCUCAUUCCGAAGAGUGCUGAUUGACUCGUCGAGAGGUUCAGGCUAUCGUGGACGCUUGUUACUACCUGGGAGCUGUUAUCUUCUGAGCACUUGUGAUUGUAUUUGCGGCAUGGGCUACUAUAAUCAGCAAUUUGUUAUCAUUAGCUGUUCAGCCAAUAGCGACUUUGCCUUGGUGGAACAUGUACAGCCUGUGGCAGUUUCAAAAAGAGUAGAUUCCCACUUGUCAGUUUGCGGGUCUUCUACCCUUUGUCUGUGACAUUCGUGCGUGUUGGGCGUGUCGAACGUCAGACAGCGUUGCCAUAGCCAGUGCUGUCCUCCAGGCAGCGGGGCACCGCGAGUGGUGACUCCUGCUGGGCCUGUGCUGUGUCACGUGGGCUUUCAGGGCCCAGAGCCCCGCGGCUUGGGCCACGCGAUGGACGCGGGUGGCGGCGGUGGCGUCCGUACCCUCGUCCCUCGGCUGGUCCUCCGCGCCGCGUAACAAGGUGCAGCGUGAUGCACGGGACUGCGAGGAAAGAA